CUCCGCAAUGUUUCCAGCAGUUUCUCUGAGGGGCUGGUAAUGGCGGCGAAGAUGGCGGCUGCAGAGGUCAGCUCUUUGGAGGACUGUCUGGAGGAGCACCUUCCAGCCGCGGUGCUGCAGCAUGUCUGGCGGAUGCUGUAUGGUAAAGACACGAGAAAGCUGGAUUUGCCGAAGUCAGCUUUGACAGCCUCUCUGGAGAAGGACUUUCAGCUAAAGGGUUUUGGAUUUGAGGCCGCCACAGAGCAGCUCCGUCAGCCUCGAGUUGUGCGAGUGGGACUUAUUCAGAACAAGAUUCUCCUUCCUACUGAUUUCCCUGUGUCUGAGCAGGUUGCUGCCCUUCAGAAACGAAUCGCAGACAUUGUGGAAGUGGCUGCCAUGUGUGGAGUGAAUAUUGUCUGCCUCCAGGAAGCCUGGACUAUGCCAUUUGCUUUCUGUACAAGAGAAAAACUGCCAUGGACAGAAUUUGCUGAAUCUGCAGAAGAUGGUCAGACAACACGGUUUUGCCAAGAGCUUGCAAGAAAAUAUAACCUGGUCAUUGUGUCACCAAUCUUAGAGCGAGAUGAGUUUCAUGGGGACACGCUGUGGAACACUGCGGUAGUGAUUUCUAACUCUGGCAAAGUCCUUGGCAAGACCAGGAAGAAUCACAUUCCCAGGGUUGGCGAUUUUAAUGAGUCUACAUACUACAUGGAAGGAAACACAGGACACAAAGUGUUUCAGACUCAAUUUGGACGGAUUGCUGUUAAUAUCUGCUUUGGUCGACAUCACCCUUUGAACUGGUUAAUGUAUAGCAUUAAUGGAGCUGAAAUUAUCUUCAACCCCUGCGCUACUGUGGGGGCGCUGAGUGAACCCAUGUGGCCUAUUGAAGCCAGGAAUGCAGCCAUCGCCAAUCACUGUUUCACCUGUGCCAUCAAUCGAGUCGGGACGGAAUGUUUCAAGAAUGAAUUUACUUCAGGUGAUGGGCAGAAGGCACAUCAUGAAUUUGGCCAUUUUUAUGGAUCCAGUUAUGUAGCUGCUCCUGAUGGAAGCCGCACUCCUGGCCUGUCUCGUACUGAGGAUGGUCUCCUUGUGGCUGAGCUCGAUCUCAACCUGUGUCGGCAGAUAAAUGAUAAAUGGGCCUUCAAGAUGACAGGAAGAUAUGAGUUGUAUGCUGACGAACUUGCUGAAGCAGUGCAGCCCAAUUUUGAUCCCUACAUAGUCACAGAGUAGUGACGUUGUUGGGCACAGACAACAUGGAGACAAUGUCAGAGAAUCGCAAUGCCUGAUCAGGACUUUUAUCCAUUUGCUGAGUCAUAUUCUCUUGCUUUCCUAUUUCCCUUUAUCCAAAGCAUUGUAAUUGUGAUUUUACACCAGAUAUUUCCUCAGACUCCAAGUAACCAUCAUCAGAGUACACAGAACUUAUUUCUAAUGCUGAAGAAGUUCAACUGAACUUGGAACUAACUAUUUUCUGUCUCCACAGUUACUGGAGACCUGUUGAGUCUCUCCAGCACUUUGUUUUCUGCAGGUCUAGUAUAAUGUGAUUUCUGUUUGGUGCCAGUACAUGCUGUUCUAAGAAACUAUCCUGAAAAUACUUUAUGAACCUGUCAUCUAGGCUUCUUUGCCCAUCUGACUUCUCUAGUCUAUAUGUGGAUUAAAAUCUGUGAUGAUUAUUGUUAUGCA